UUUUCAAUUCUCCAGGCAACAAUGGAAGCUUUUUCUCUAACUUCCUUCUCAACUAUGCCAAAGGACACGGUAAGAUUGUCCGGUAAGCGUGAAUGUAGCUUGUUGAAGAAGAAGAAGAAGAGCAUUGUGUAUUGCCAAAAUGGUGGGAAUGCAGUAAAAUCUAGUGGGCUGGCUUCUGUUUUGCCUGAAAGAUCAGCGGUGGUGAGCUCGGAUCAUGGUACGGCCCUAUUGGAUGCAGGAAGCUUGGUUUUGACACCGAAUGGGAAGGGCCAGGCUGAGGGUACCGCAGUGAAGGAGUUGGUGCCUUAUGGUGCGCCUACCAAGCAUAUAUUGCAGAUGGGUGAUGGUAUUGGCAUUGUCAAGUUUCUUAGAGGAAAGGGUUUUUUCAUCACUGGUGCAACUGGUUUUCUUGCAAAAGUUCUUAUUGAGAAGAUACUACGGACUGUGCCCGAUGUGGGGAAGAUAUUUCUGUUGAUCAAGGCGAAAAACAAGGAAGCUGCAAUGGAAAGAUUGGAAAAUGAAAUCAUAAAUACAGACCUGUUCAAGUGCCUUCAGCAAACCUAUGGAAAAUCCUAUCAAGCUUUCAUGUUGAGCAAGCUAGUUCCUGUGGUCGGAAAUGCCUGUGAAUCUAAUCUUGGGUUAGAUGAAGAUAUUGCAGAUAUGAUUGCAAAAGAUGUUGAUAUUAUUGUAAAUUCUGCAGCUAAUACAACUUUUGAUGAAAGAUAUGAUGUUGCCCUGGACAUAAACACAGGAGGACCAAGUCGCCUUAUGAGCUUUGCAAAAAAGUGCAAGAAACUUAAGCUCUUUCUGCAAGUAUCUACAGCUUAUGUUAAUGGACAAAGACAAGGAAAAAUCAUGGAAAAGCCAUUCUGCAUAGGGGAUAACAUUGCAAGAGAGAGCCUCAUUUUUGAAACCUCGGAAGGAUCCCUUCCUUCAUUGAACAUUGAAGAUGAAAUAAAGCUAGUUUUGGAAUCAAAGAAUGCAUUCGAAGAUGACGCAGUAGCUCAGAAAAUGAUCAUGAAAGAACUAGGUUUGGAGAGGGCAAAGAAAUAUGGAUGGCAAGAUACUUAUGUGUUCACAAAGGCUAUGGGAGAGAUGUUGAUCGAUAAUAUGAGAGGAGAAAUACCGGUAGUCAUAAUUCGUCCCAGUGUUAUUGAGAGCACUUACAAAGAACCAUUCCCUGGAUGGAUGGAAGGAAAUAGGAUGAUGGAUCCAAUUAUUCUUUAUUAUGGAAAAGGGCAACUCAGUGGAUUUCUGGUUGAUCCAAAUGGUGUCCUUGAUGUAGUCCCAGCUGACAUGGUCGUCAACGCAACCUUGGCGGCCAUUGCAAAGCACGGUGCAGCAGGAAGUUCAGAAAGUAACAUCUACCAGAUUGCUUCAUCAGUUGUUAACCCUCUAGUUUUCGGGGACCUGGCCAGAUUGCUGUAUGAACACUUCAAUUCCAUGCCAUUCAUAGACUCAAAGGGGACACCAAUCCCUGUUCCCACAAUGCAACUCUUCAGCUCCAUGGAAGACUUCUCAUCUCACCUCUGGAGAGACGCAAUAAAUCGAACUGGAUUGACCGCUUUACCCACUCCGAAUGGGAAGCUGUCCCAAAAACUCGAGAAUAUUUGCAGAAAAUCAGUGGAGCAAGCAAAGUACUUGGCAAAUAUAUAUGAACCAUACACCUUCUAUGGUGGAAGGUUUGAUAAUAGCAACACUCAGAGAUUGAUGGAAUGCAUGUCUGAAGAGGAAAGGAGUGAAUUUGGAUUUGAUGUGGAGAACAUAGAUUGGAAAGAUUACAUAGCAAAUGUCCACAUUCCAGGUCUAAGGAGGCAUGUGAUGAAGGGUAGAGGGAUGUGCAGCUAAGUAAGUACAAUAUAUAUGCAUCUUGCAGUUGGGAUUAACUUCGAAAUCCAAGUCCUGCAUAUGAUUGUAAUGAACUAGUGUAAUUGCCUUUUUCUUUUUCUUUUUCUUUUCUUUUGUUUUUAAGAUUUCCCAUAAGUGGGGGGCAAAAAGAAAAGCUUUGCCUUUAUCAUAAUUACUGUGAUAUCAUUGCAUCCUUAACUUCUAUCAUAAAAGCUCUUUUGGUUAAUUCAGUUCUCUUGAUGGAUUGCAAUUUAAGGGGUGUUUCCACAUAAAAAUGAAGUGUUAAAUGCUCAAUCCAUUGAAAUUUCUUAAU